UGACUCCUCCGGCACGCAUCUUGCCGGCCGCCGCCGCCUUCAUCGGCGGCAAGGCACCUUGUGACCUUUCAAAACCCCCCAAUUUGUCUCUAAUUUCCCAAUCUGUCUCCAGGUAGGUCGCCAUGUCCGCCGCCGCCUUCCCCAGCUGGGCGAUCCUGGAGCCCUUCGUCUUCCGCCGGGACGACGACGCCUCCUUCCCGGACGAGUCCAAGGCGCCCGUCAGGGCGUCCGGCACCACAUCCUUGGGCGCCCCCUUCCGCAUCGCCUUCUCCUUCGCCGAGCCCCCGCGCGUCUCCCGCCUCUACGCGCAGCUGCCGGGCUUCCCGGGCCCCGACAAGCUGACGCCCCUGGCUUUCCUGGCGACCCACCACCGCCUUGCCCUGCUCCAAGUCUGCACCUUGCUACCCAAUUUCGUUAUAGUGCAGGACUUCUUCAUCUUCAGCGCCUACCACGACCCUUCCUCGCUCCAACGGCUCCCUCCUUCUAGCGAGAUGGAUGCCCAACCUCCUCCUGGUCAUCUUGACUACCUAGUCGAGCGGCGCCUGCUGAGAGACCGACACAUCGGCCUCUUGUGCCGAGGCGAAGGCGAGCAGGAGUUUGUGGUGGCAGAGCUCCAUCUCUCCAAAAUCCGCAACAAGGUCCACGCUGACAUCUUCUUUUUGAAAUCAGCUGUCCCAGCACGAUGCGGCGAAAAGUGGAGCUCCGUGCGUGUGCCCAUCCUCCACAGCGGCGACCCCGGCGAUCUGCUCUUCUGGCAGACUGAAGGCGUCGUCCCCGUCGACCACUGGCUGUGCUGGAUUGACUACUCCCGGGGCAUGCUCUUCUGUGACUUGUUCGGAAAGCCCAAGCCUACAGUCUCCUUCCUCAGGUUACCUUUGGACAAUCUCCCUAAUAAUUUUUACAACCGCAGCUUCACCCACAGCCGGAUGUCCCGCGGCGUGUCCGCCAUUGAUGAUGGCCGUGCGCUCAAGUUCGUCCAUGUCGCCCGCAGUGAUGGCAUUGGCCAUGGGGCACUCAAACCCGGUGCUAGCUUCACCAUCACCUGCCACACCCUCAGAUUAGACGGUAGCAUGGCGUUGUUGAAGAACAAGGGCAUGUUAGGCCGCAUGAGGUGGAUCGAGGACUCCACAGCCACCUCCGACAAGCUAUGGCCAGCAUCUGCACACAGGGAAUCCCCUGAUGAGUUCCCACAUGACAUUGUCAUAUUCCCCCAAGUGAACAUCGACAGGCCACAUGUGGUUCACUUCCUUACCAGCUCGUAUGAGCCUUUGAAAAAGAUGUGGCUGGUUGCCAUUGACAUGAACACUGCAACCGUGGAGUCUUCUUCUCAGUAUAUCAAUGGGAAGGAGGAUCUUGCAACUGUGGACUCCGACUUGACCACACUAAGGUCCACCUGUCCCAUGCCCUUGCUUACCUGUGAGCUAUCCAAGUACCUCAAUCCCCCAAGGAAGAGGAAGGAUGUGGAAUGAGUCACGUCUGCCAACUUCAUCGUACUUCUUAUAUACUAUCUAAUGGUUCAACAAGAAAGAUCUAUGUCAUGUUUGUCAACAAAACUGAAGGAGCUAUUUCAUAUCGUGGCCUAUUACGGUCUACUUCAUGCUGUAUGAACAGAUAAGUUAUAUCAAGUUUGUGGUGUGUUGCAUACUUGCAUAGGUUUGUCAAGAAAUUGUGUGGUGUGUUGAGUUUUCAAGUAUAAUCUUUAAAUUGUGUCCUUGCCUGUGCUAUACCAAGUUUGUAUGUGAAAUUUAA